AUGCCAACUGCCUACAUUCUGCCCUGGCUCCGGUUCUGUCUGUGCCUGGCAGACUUGGAAGAAGGCUUGAGCUGCCCUCCUUUGGGCUUCCACCCAAUCCCAGUCCCAGGCCAACCAUUUCCGUGCCACUGCCCUGACUUACAACGCUGGUGGGUGAGGGCUGAGUGGGGAGCAGAGGACACUGCAUCAUUGGUGGACCGUGUGGGUCAGUGUAAGGAGGUGGACAAUGCUGCGAGGAUACGGCAGGUCCCAAUGUCUCCCUCUGAUUUUCUGGAUAAACUCAUGGGGAGGACAUCUGGAUAUGAUGCCAGGAUAAGACCGAACUUUAAAGGUCCUCCAGUCAAUGUUUCCUGCAACAUUUUCAUCAACAGCUUUGGCUCCAUUGCUGAAACCACCAUGGACUACCGAGUGAAUAUCUUCCUCCGCCAGCAGUGGAAUGAUCCCAGGCUUGCCUAUGCUGAAUACCCAGAUGACUCUCUGGACUUGGACCCCUCUAUGUUAGACUCCAUAUGGAAACCAGAUCUGUUCUUUGCGAAUGAGAAGGGGGCCCAUUUCCAUGAAGUCACUACAGACAACAAACUGCUGAGGAUAUUUAAGAAUGGGAAUGUCCUGUACUCCAUAAGACUAACAUUAACCUUAUCAUGUCCCAUGGAUCUAAAAAACUUUCCUAUGGAUGUUCAGACCUGUAUCAUGCAGCUGGAGAGCUUUGGUUACACCAUGAACGAUCUGAUCUUUGAGUGGCAGGAGAAUGGACCGGUCCAAGUGGCUGAAGGCCUCACGCUCCCACAGUUCAUCCUCAAAGAUGAAUCAGACCUCAGAUACUGCACCAAGCACUACAACACAGGUAAAUUUACUUGCAUUGAGGUGCGGUUCCACCUGGAGCGUCAGAUGGGCUAUUACCUGAUCCAGAUGUAUAUCCCCUCUCUGCUCAUUGUAAUUCUGUCCUGGGUCUCCUUCUGGAUCAACAUGGAUGCUGCCCCGGCCAGAGUGGCACUGGGCAUCACUACUGUCCUCACAAUGACAACACAGAGCUCAGGCUCCAGGACUUCACUGCCUAAGGUCUCUUAUGUCAAGGCCAUAGACAUCUGGAUGGCAGUAUGUCUCCUCUUUGUCUUCUCUGCACUGUUGGAGUACGCUGCUGUCAACUUUGUGUCGAGGCAACAUAAGGAGCUUCUGCGAUUCAGACGGCAUCACAAGAACAAGACCAAGAACAGUGGAGGUGCAGUUGAUCCAGAGGAGCUAGCUGAUUCCCUUCGCCAUGUUAACAUUGACAACGGCCUCAAAUCAACAGACCCUCUGUAUGGAUCUAUGACCAACAUUUACACCAGCAACCACAGGGAAGGAGAAGUACAUGAGAGCAGACUGACCUCCACAGGUGCUGUCACCUCCUCUCCUAGCAACAGCAAAGACUCGAAGGCCAACACCAAUAACACUGUUACUGUACUGAACACCCCAGGAGCCACAGCAAAGACUACCCAGAAUCCACCAGGAGCAGCAGCAGGUGGAGGGGGUAAAAGCACUGAAGAGAUGAGGAAGUUAUUUAUCGACAGAGCCAAAAAGAUUGACACUGUGUCGAGAGCCGGCUUCCCUCUGGCCUUUCUCUUCUUCAAUAUAUUCUACUGGGUUCUUUAUAAGAUACUACGACAUGAAGAUGUGCAUAAACCAUAG